UUCACUGCAAGGUCUUGUGUCUGUGCGAGGAGCUGUCGCGCUGAAAACCUGCAGAAACAAAACACAAAACACUGAAAAAGUUUUUUUUAAUUAAGAAGUACUGGACUCUGUGCCGAGUGUUAGAGUUCACCCCUCAUAUUACCUCGUUUGUAGAACCGGGAGAGAAACUCUCCUGCUCUGGGAACCCUGAGAUGGGUUCAGUGGCGGCCCUGGCAGACGGCAGCAGCAGCACCAGUGGCUGGUGAUUGGCAGUGGCAUGGCUCCCAAAGUGCCGGCCAAGGCCGAGGAGACUUCAGUGCAGGUGGCCAUCAGAGUGCGCCCCCUGCUGCCCAAGGAGCUCCUGCACAGCCAUGAGAGCUGCAUCACUGCCGACUCCGUGGAGAGGAGAGUCACGCUGGGCCACGAUCGCCACUUCCAGUUUGACUUUGUCUUCGAGGAGUCCAGCGAUCAAGAGGAGGUUUCUAGCACCUGUGUCCAGCCCCUCGUCGAGGCUUUCUUCCAGGGCUUUAACGCCACCGUCUUUGCUUACGGGCAGACGGGCUCCGGCAAGACCUACACCAUCGGGGAGGCCAAUAUAUCCUCAUUGAGCGAUGAGGAGCAGGGCAUCAUCCCACGAGCCGUGGCUGAGAUCUUUAAGCUGCUGGAUGAGAAUGACCUAAGUGACUUCUCUGUGCGGGUCUCCUACCUGGAGGUGUACAAGGAGGACUUCCGGGACCUGCUGGAGGUGGAGACAGCCAGCAAAGACAUCCGCAUCCGCGAGGAUGACAAGGGCAAUGUUGUGCUAUGUGGAGUGAAGGAGUGUGAGGUGGAGGGGCUAGAUGAGGUGCUGAGUCUCCUGGAGACAGGGAACACUGCCAGGCACACAGGAGCCACCCAGAUGAAUCCGCAGUCCAGCCGCUCGCACACCAUCUUCACCGUGGCAAUGGAGCAGCGGCAGGGCUCGAGGGCUGGGCACAGCACACCACACGUCCUCACCUCCAAGUUUCACUUUGUUGACCUGGCCGGCUCGGAGCGCAUCUUAAAAACAGGAAACACAGGAGAGAGGUUGAAGGAGAGCAUCCAGAUCAACAGUGGGCUACUAGCACUGGGGAAUGUUAUUGGGGCACUAGGAGACCCUAAGAGAAAAGGCACACACAUCCCCUACCGGGACUCUAAGAUUACCAGGAUCUUAAAGGACUCUCUGGGGGGCAAUGCUAAAACCCUGAUGAUCACCUGCAUCAGUCCUUCUUCCUCUGAUUUCGAUGAGAGCCUCAACUCCCUGAACUAUGCGAAGCGGGCCCAGAACAUUCAGAACCGUGCCACGGUGAACUGCCGGGGCGAACCGGACCGCACCGAGGGGCUACAGCUGCAGAUCAAGGCCCUUCGGCGCGCCCUGGAGAACCGCCAACGCUCUGAAACCAGGAUCAUCGCCCGUCUGGAGCAUGACAAGAACCCCCGGGGCUCAGGGGAAGAGCUGAGCAAGCUGCGGGCAGAGAGUGCCCACUACAGGACGUGCACGGACACUGCGUACAGGCUGUUCAUGGAGCUGCAGGCAGAGGGGACCCUGAACCCUGGGCAGGUGUUUAGGGUGAAGGAGUGGCAGUGUUCUGUGGAAGAGGAGCGCAGUGAGCUGACCACAGCCUCUGGACUGGACAGCGGCAUUGAGAGCACGUCUGCAGAGGAGACUACAGGAGCCCUGAAGAAGGGAAGGGAAGCAGCUCAAUAUCAGGGUCCUGACCAGGGAGGUAAGGAGUGGGAGACGGACAGGGAGGAGUACAUUGCUCAGCUGCAGGCUAGGGUACACAGACUGGAGGAGGAGAACUCUGAUUUCCUGGCUGCUCUUGAGGAUGCCAUGGAGCAGUACAAACAGCAGAGUGACAAACUUCAGGAUCAACAAGAUCUUCUUGCUGAGAUGGAGAGCUGUGUGGCUAAGCCGAGCAACUUUGUAUCUGAGUUACUAGAGGAUGUGAAACGGAGACCUCACACUGCUCCCGUGGAUCCCACACGCCCAUGCAACUUCAACAUGGUGCAUUCCAGCCUCUUAGCCAAUGGUGACAGUGGAAGAAUCCUUUCCAAAAAGUCAGGAUCUCCGUGCUCUCUGGAUAACCCGCUGGCUGGACUGCAGAGCCAGAAUCAGUGUGUGUCCCGCAGUCAGGAGCACUGGGAGGGGCAGCGGGAGUUCAGUGAUGAUUCGGACACUCGGAGUAAAACAACGGAAAAGAACUUAGAGGAGGAAAAGAAAAUAAGGGGAAAAUUGAGGACCCCGAGCCCGACCUGGAUGAAGAGAGAGCUGCCUACAGCGGGUCCAGGUGAAAAAGAGAGGGGAGGCGUCUCCCAGCUACUUGAGAGCAGAAACUACCCCCCUCUGCACAGCGACCACCUCAAGUCCCCUUGCAGGGUUCGAGCCGCUGCGCUGCGGGAUGCUCUGGGGGGCUGCACCCCGCUGCCUCCUAGCCCUGGUGAGCAGGACUGGGGGCUCCUGCAGGCACAGCAGAAGAUCCGAGAGCUGGCCAUCAACAUCCGCAUGAAGGAGGAGCUCAUCAAGGAGCUGAUUAAAACAGGGAAAGAUGCCCAGGCUAUGAAUAAGCAGUACAGCCAGAAGAUCUCGGAGCUGGAAGCAGAGGCUGAGCAGGCACGGGCUGAGCUCAACGAAGCCCAGAGACAGCUGCAGGACCUGGAGGUCAGGGAGCCCAGAGACCUGUCCGACAGGUCCAAGGCACAGGAGUACCGCAAGAAAAUUGCAGCUGCGCAGAGUAAAUUCCAGGUGCUGAAGCAGAAGCAGAGGGACACGGCGCAGCUGGCCUCCCUCUCGACUCAGAGCGAGCGGCGGGUGCUGGAGCUCGAGAGGAACGUGCGGAGCAUGCGCCAGCAGCAGGACCUGCUCCAGCGCAGGCUCCGAGAGGAGAGCGAGCAGAAGCGCAGGCUGGAGAGCGAGAUGCAGAGAGGCAAGCAUCGGGUCAAGGAGCUGGAGAUAAAGAACGAGCAGCAACAGAAGAUCCUGAGGAUCAAGACGGAGGAGAUUGCUGCCUUCCAGCGAAAGAGACGCAGCGGGAGCAACGGCUCUGUCAUCUCUCUGGAGGAGCAGCAGAAGAUUGAGGAUCAGAAGCGCUGGCUUGACGGGGAGAUGGAGCGCGUCCUGGAGCAGCGGAGAGGUCUGGAUGAGCUGGAGGGGGAGCUGGCCAGACGAGAGGACAUCCUGGCCAAGAAAGAGGCCCUGCUGCAGGAGAGGAGCGGGCUGGAGAACAAGAGGCUACGCUCCAGUCAGGCCCUCAGUAAGGACAUGGGGCUCCUGUCGAGCAGGAUCGAGUCCCUGGAGCGCGAGCUCUCUGAGAGGAGCGGUCAACUCCGCAGCAGCAGCGCCCAGGACUCCCAGCAGAUCCGCCAGGAGAUCUCCAACCUACGCAUCGAGAAGGACCAGCUCCUCAAGCAGCGUGCCGAGCUGGACAACAAGUUGCGACAGGGCAGCCUGCUCUCCCCUGAGGAGGAGCGGACCCUGUUCCAGCUGGACGAGGCGAUCGAGGCUCUGGACGCUGCCAUCGAGUACAAGAACGAAGCCAUCAGCCAGCGGCAGCGUGUGCUCCGAGCCUCCGCCAGCAUGCUGUCCCAGUGGGAGAUGAACCUGAUGGCCAAACUCAGCAACCUGUCUGCCUCGGAGACCCGCGCCCUGCUCUGUAAAUACUUCGAUAAGGUGGUGUGUCUGCGAGAGGAGGAACGCAAGCUGCAGGUGGUGCUGGCGGAGCUGGAGAUGCGCUGUGAGGAGCAGCAGCAGCUCAUCCUGUGGCUGGAGGCAGCGCUGGAGAAACAGCAGCUGGACACUGACAGGAGGCUCACCCAGCAGCAGAAAGAGCACGAGAGGAACGUGCAGCUGCUGCUGCAGCAGUGCCGAGAGCAAAUGGAUGAAGGGCUGGCAGGGAGUCAGAGGCAGUAUGAGAGCUGGAUCCACAACCUGGGAAAGGAGCUGAGCCACUUCAAGUGGGCCAAUCAGGAACUCGCCAAUAAACUGAGGGAGGUGUACAGGCAGUCCAGCCAACCAGGGGACCAAGGCAAAAUGUUAAACUUGACCGGAAGAUCACAAGGCAGUUCAGAAAGGCUGCCUCCUGUUGGCAGAACUGAAGAAAGCGGGAAUGCAGGUGGAGAUCAGCCCAGCAGGCUGGAGAGGGUACUAAAAUCGAGGGAGGAGAUUCGAGAUCUCGUGCAUGCCCCUCUGCCCCCCACCUGGCGGCGAUCCUCUCUCCCCACCGAGGACCAAUCGGGUAUGGAGGAGCUGCGGCAGAAAAUGACCUCGGAGCCCCCUGGGAACAGAGUUCUGCACCCAGGCAGGGCACCGGCACAGUGGAGUGGCACCCCACCACUGCCACAUGCCAAACCAUGCCGCGAAUUCCGCAGGUCCAGCCUCAAUGCCAGCCUGCUGCCCUCCAACUGCGGGAUCAUCGAUGUGCGCAAAAACCCAUUGUAAAGAGAAGCUGCUAUUCUUACAGGGCAGGGGGUUUUAAGAUGGUCUUAGAAUUUCAUCAAAUGUGUGACCUGGCUUGAAAUUUAUCAUUUUAUUUUUUGUACACCCAGGUUUUAGUUUCUGAUAUUGAGUCAAUUUUUUUGUAAGAAUUGGUAUAGAUGCACCCCCUGCAUUUUUUGUAGAAAGUUUAAUGGAUAGCAAGAAAAGCUGGUGGGUCUUAAACUGCAACAUCGCUGCCAGUGAGAUAUCUCUGAGUGUGAUGCUGCAGCGCCCCCUAGUGUAUAAACACAACAUGGUCAGCAAUGCUACUGGGAAAGAAAUGCAAAAUUCCAUAAAAUACAAGAAAGAAUCCUGCUGUAAGGAAAGUAAAAUCAAAGUGCCACAGUCCAGUAUAAAUGUUAUGUUUUAUUCUUACAGAAGAUCCCAGCCUGAUUUUAAACCUGUGCUGGAACCGUGUACGGCUGUUUCCAUUUUAUUCUAGCCAAAUCUGGACCUUGAAGACAUUCCCUGGUUUUAAAUAAAGAGUUGCAUUGAUUUAAUAAUUUGGGAAUUAAUGCUUUUCUUGGAUCAUGUCUUGUUAGCGGUCUGUCCAGCUUAACCACCAUGAAAUAGAAACCAGCAACUGCAGAGAUUAGAUUGGCAGUGUUUUACAUGAUGAGCAGAAUCAGCCCGUUUGAGUGCCCCCUUUUUACAGCAGCUUUAUUAAGCCUCUGUUGGUUACACUGUUUACUAGCACUUGUAGGAACUGUUAACUGAACCCGCUCCAGGAACACAGGCUUACAUUAUUAUUAGAUUGUAUUAUAUUUCUAAAUGAAUAUUUUUUCCUAAUUUGACCAGGUGUUUUGUUUCAGAUGUUAAAAAUUAUAAUAGUAGCAAUCCCAUGGAGCACACCAAGGUCUGUCCUCUGUAACAUCAGCCAAGAAGCUCUCCCAGUAUUAGCCCCACUGCCUCACUCAACAAGUCUGACACUACCAAGAAGUAAAUGUUGUACAGAUAUAUUGAACAUGUAAAUAUGAUCCGAUCUCUUUUUUUUUUUUUACGCUUGUUUUGUAUUUCAUGACUUUAUUAAAACUUUUAUAGUAAAAACUAAA